AGCAGGUCUGUCUUGCAGCGGCACUGUCUCCCACCCCAGAAAAGCUGCAGGCACAGACUGCCCGGCUGAAGAGCCCACGCAAACUACAGGCACUCCGAGGAGGAAAGAAGCCGGAGGGCAGCAAGAUGGAGUCAGACCGAGAAGUCAUCCACCUUCAAAUGGCCUCAUUUCCAUACUCACCACCCCAGUAUGGCUGCCUAGACUGACUCCAGGCUGACCUCUGUGCUGCUCCCAUUAUGUCCUUCUGAAGUACGACUGUGUGAUAAAGCAGGUGGCACAGGUUUGUAAAACCCACUGAGGAGGCUGAGGCAGGAAGAUCACAAAUUCAAGGCCUACUGGACACAGACGCGGGCAUGCCAAUGCCCGAGGGAACCAGCCUCUCAAUCUGAACCAUUAUGCCACCAAGAAGAGUGUGGCGGAGAGCAUGCUGGAUGUGGCGCUCUUUAUGUCCAACGCCACGCGGUUGAAAGUGGUGCUGGAGCAGGGGCCAUCCCUAGAGUACUACACCACCCUCGUCACCCUGAUCAGUGUCUCCCUGAUUCUGCAAGUAGUCAUUGGCGUUCUUCUUGUGGUCAUCGCCAGGCUGAACCUGAAUGAGGUAGCAAACCAAUGGCGUCUAAACCAGCUCAACAACGCUGCCACCACCCUGGUCUUCAUUACCGUGGUCAUCAACAUUUUUAUCACUGCUUUCGGGGCACACAAGACAGGCUCCAUGGCUGCCAGGACCUCCAGCAAUCCUGUUUAAUCCCUACCUAGGUCCCAGGAACCGGGUCUGGACCUGCUUCAGCCCUUGUCCCUGACAGGCUAGCUAGCACUUUCUGCAGCCUCCAGGAGAGCUUCAAGAGCAAUGAAGUCGCCCCUGUCUCCUGCCCACAGCACCUGGAUUCAGUUGUGCAGCUUUACAGGGUGAUGUAAUCGCACCUUGCUCUGGAGGCCUGAGCUCAGCCUCUGCAACAGGCACUCUAUCCUCCAGCCACAGUAACUGGGUCUGCGAAUCAGAGUCUACAUGGCCUGCAGACUCUGGUUCCACUGCAUUCCUACCCUCUGUGCUAAGCCUCAGUUUUCCCUUUCUGCAAAAUGGGAGUCUAUCUAUAAAGAUAUCUGAAAAUCCACCAA